CAUCUCAAAAACCACCUCAUAAAUACAGACAGAAUCUUGGCUUUAGGCACACACACAUCCCUUCAUCUCAAGGCCAGGAAAACACAUUUGCUCUACGUUAAUCAAGACAAGAUGAGUGAUCCACCAGUAGAAAAACCAGAGCAGGCGGAAGAUCCAGAGGAGGGAUCAGGAUCUGAUGGAGAGGGAGGAAAGGGCAAGGGCAAGGGGAAAGACAAAGGCAAGGGUCAUGGAGGAGAAGGACAUGGCCAUGGACAUGGAGGGAGAGGAGGUGGUCACGGAUGUGGCGGAGGAGGUGGUCAAGGACGUGGCGGAGGAGGUGGUCAAGGACGUGGCGGAAGAGGAGGCGGUCACUGACAUGGCUAUGACCAGAACUGAGGGAGACCACUGAAGCGAUGCCACAUCAAAUCAUUAAAAAAAGUCAACUUUUUGUCACAGUAAUGAAUGUAUAAUUGUAUUGCAUCUCUCAUUAAAUAAUCCACAAAACAAGAA